AUGGAGACAAAGGUAGAUCCUGUGAAUGAUUCAACCAAAUUGGUGCAGGGAAUUGUCGGCAUACGCUCAGUAGCCAGUGAUGUGCAAAAUCUCUGUUCUCUUGCUAUUGAGAAAGCUGACAGAUGGCUAGCCUCAAAUUGUAGAACAAGCCUACAUAGCAUCGGUAAUGNGGUGCAGGGAAUUGUCGGCAUACGCUCAGUAGCCAUUGAUAUGCAGAAUCUCUGUUCUCUUGCUAUUGAGAAAGCUGACAGAUGGCUAGCCUCAAAUUGUAUCACAAGCCUACAUAGCAUCGGUUUGAGACCUAGGGAAGAUCUCAAGGCUGACAUGGGUCAAGAACGGAGCCGUGGUGGAGAGAUUAAAAAUCUUCCGGGGAUCCUAAUUUUCUUAAGCCAGACACUGUACUCGAAGACAGGUGCCACCGAGGAGACUACCGACGCUCACAACCAAGCCACGAAUGACGGAGGUUGGAGGGAGGACAUGACGCAAAUACACCAACAAAUUGAUAGUUGGCACAACAAAUCGACACGGUUGUCAACAACACACGAUGGUGGGAAUGCUAUGGCGUGGGUUGAAAGACGGCUGUGGAGGACUCUAGCUUUCACUAGGGGCAUGACAGCAAGGAUUUGGAAGCAAGGCGCUUCUUCUGCAGUCGCUGCGGUAGCAAGACAGGGAGUUGAGGCCGCUGGCAAUGUGACAGAAGCAUAA